UUGUCUGUGGUAUGGUGUUUUGUAAGGCAAGGUCUCCAUGAGGACUACUGGUCCUGACAAGCAGACUGGAGUGUGAUUGUGCGCCGCAGCUGAACUGGCAAUAAACCUGCAACCACAGCAAAGCAACUGGAGCACUUGAACUAAACACGGGAGGCGCGGUUGUAAGGGGGCGUGGCUAUGCUAACGAGCAGCCGUUGAGUGCAGCAGCAGCAGAGAGCGGGACACUUGCUGUGAGAGGGACACGAAGAGAGGACAGAGACAAACAGACAGAGGACAAACGCCACACACACCACUUUCACUCCACGCGUCUAAUAACACCACGACAUGGCUUCAAAGUGUCCCAAGUGUGACAAGACCGUGUACUUCGCUGAAAAGGUGUCAUCGCUGGGGAAGGACUGGCACAAGCUGUGUCUCAAGUGCGACCGCUGCAACAAGCUCCUGAACGCUGGAGGCCACGCUGAGCACGAUGGAAGACCUUACUGCCACAAACCGUGCUAUGCUGCCCUCUUUGGGCCAAAAGGAGUGAACAUUGGCGGCGCAGGCUCCUACGUGUACAACGCUCCGGCCAACAACAACAACCCCACUGGUGUGGAUUCAGUCACCAGAGCCGAGGAGAAACGAGUGUACGCACCAAAGGCUCCGUCUAAAGCUGGAGGCCUCACCACUUUUUCUGGAGAAGCCAACCUGUGUCCCCGCUGCAACAAGAAGGUGUAUUUUGCCGAGAAGGUGACGUCACUGGGCAAGGACUGGCACCGGCCGUGUCUGCGCUGUGAGAGGUGCAGCAAGACUCUGUCGGCUGGCAGCCACGCAGAGCACGACGGCCAGCCUUACUGCCACAAACCGUGCUACGCCGUUCUCUUUGGGCCCAAAGGCGUGAACACUGGCGGCGUGGGCAGCUACAUCUAUGACAAGGAGGCCAGUGCCGUGACCCAGCCUUGAACCAAAACUCUGUUCCCCUCUCCUCCUCGAGCUUCACCCUUCUUCUCGACACGACGCUGACCAUCACAACACAGUAUAGCGCUCUUCUUCUCCCCGUGUGUUCAUACCCCUCUCUUCCACAUCCUGUUCCCUCCCCCCCCCCGUACCGACGAUGUCAUUGCUGCCCCGAGUAUUAGGAACGACCACAUUUAAGCGUUUCCCACUACAGACGGACAGACUGCGCCGUUUCCCCCCCAACACUUUAGCAAUAAGGAUGUUUUUGACGUGAUGUAUGUUUAAAUAAAACACACAUGGAGGCUGAAUCAGGUGCUGCAUACUAAUAAAAAAAAACAUUACGCACAGCAUAUGCUAUGUUUUGGCCUGUUUGACAAGAUUCCUUAUAUGGGAAGGAAAUGUAAACACAUGUUGUAUAGAAGCAGGGAGUAAAUAAGCAGCUUUGUGGCUGAAUUAAAUUAAAAUGCAAGGUUUAAGCUAAUAAAUAACGCAGGUGUUUUGUCCCAGUGCUUUUUCUGUAAUAGUAUUUUUCAAGCAAAAGCAGAAUUGUGGUAAAGAGACGCGUGUAUUUAUUGCUUUAAUAAAAUGUCCCAUCAGCCACUUUUACUACUACUACUACACGAGCUGUAUAAUUCUCUACGACUGUUAUUGUUAUUUUCAAAUAAACAAGCCUGCUGUUAUUUCCCGAGAGAUGAAGCACCAUUUGAAGUAUUAUAUUAUAGAUGCAUAUUUUUUUUGGUAGCUUAGCUCGAGACGCUGCGGACAAGUCAUUCUGUAAGAAUGUGCAUUCUAGUAUUAGUUGUACGAGUGUUAACUGUGCUUGUUUGUUGUAGAAACUGCAGGGGGCCUCACUGGUUGGUUGUUUGUUUGUGGCACUGCACAUCAGCCCUGCUGCAUUCUUCUUUUUAAUCCCUGAUGAUAAUAAAUUUUUCGGAAAAUCGU